GCCUGCACCCCGACGCCCCGCCUCGCCCUCCCCGCCCCACCCCACCCCAGGGGGCCUGGUGGGCGUGUAUUUGAAUCCGGGCUAAUCGGCGGCCGGCGGGCGGGGCGGCCUGCCCGCGCCCCUGACAGCCCAGCGGCGGGAGGAGCCCCUCUGCCCUGGGAGCCGGACGGGCCGCGCCUCCCCGCCGGUGACCGGUCCGGUGCGCUGGCCCAUGCUGGUCCCCGCCUUUGUUCUCGGGCCGGAGCGGAGACAUGCGCGGCUGACGAUGGAAGUAGAGGACUCGGGCGGCGUGGUGCUGACCGCCUACCACUCGUACGCGCGCCCCCAGCCGCCCAGCUCCGAGCCGCGCUGCGCGCCCCGGGCCGCCGCCAGCCACCCAGGCAGCAGAAAAUCCAUUUCUCGCUGCCGAAGAAUUAGCAGGAUGCUCUCCAAUGAAUCCUUACAAUCCCCGGCAUUCAGCCGCUCCAACUCUCAAGCCUCCAUAGACAGCGCCUCCAUGGAGGAUUUCUGGCGGGAAAUAGAAAGUAUCAAAGAGAACAGCCUGGGAGUUCAGGAAGAGCAGACGCCAGCUGAGGCCAAGCCCCUGGAUGAAGGAGAACUUGAAGCAGAGUGGUUGCAAGAUGUAGGUUUAUCAACCCUGAUCUCAGGUGAUGAAGAGGAGGGUGGCAAAGCCUUGCUCUCGACUUUGACUCGAACCCAAGCAGCUGCAGUGAAGAAGAGAUAUAAUACUUACACUCAAACCAUGAGAAAAAAGAACAAGCAAUCCAUCAGGGAUGUCAGAGACAUCUUUGGAGUCAGCGAAUCUCCUCCAGAUGAUUUUUGUUGUAUCCCAGCUCCUCUUUCGGAUGUGAACCCAGAUGAAGAAGGGAUGCCAGCAGUUCCCUGCAGAAAUGGCCAACUGCCAGGCGAUACCUGUGACAACCAUCCUAGUCAGUUGGACGACACCCAGGAGGAAAAAGAGCUGCCGGGAGUUAUCAAAACAAGUGGUUCCUUGCCAGGUGAUGCGUCUUUCAACAUUACUACCCUGUCAGAUGGGUCCCAAGAUGAAGAAGGGAGUUUUGCAGUUCCCAGGAGUGGCUCCAUGUCUAUCCUGGAGACUAUUCCAGAUGUGCCAGCUCAUUCCAAUGGCUCAGCAGACCCUGGACAGUCGGUGCAGAACGCAGUGAGUGAUGAUGAAUAUCUGGAAAAGGACAUUCCACUACAAGCUGAAGAGCUGUCCUUUGAAGUAUCUUAUUCAGAAAUGGUUACAGAGGCGCCAAAAAGAAAUAAAUUGAAGAAGUCAGAUUUUAAGAAAGAAGACUAUGUUUUACCUAAAUUUAUUGUUCAGAAAACCAGAUUUGGCCUAACUGAAGCAGGAGAUCUGUCUGCUGAUGACAUGAAGAAAAUCCGCCAUCUCUCUCUGAUUGAAUUGACGGCCUUUUUUGAUGCCUUUCGUAUUCAACUAAAAAGAAACAAAACGGAGAAAGUAAAAGGACGAGACAGUGGGAUUUUUGGAGUUCCUCUUACAGUCCUGCUGGAAAAUGACCGAAGGAAAGAUGCUGGAGUGAAAGUUCCCCUUGUGUUACAAAAAUUCUUUCAGAAAGUUGAAGAAUCGGGUCUGGAAUCUGAAGGGAUUUUUCGACUUUCAGGAUGUACUGCCAAAGUCAAGCAAUACCGUGAAGAACUGGAUGCCAAGUUUAAUGCUGAUAAGUUUAAAUGGGAGAAAAUGUGCCACAGAGAAGCUGCAGUAAUGUUGAAAGCAUUUUUCAGAGAACUACCCACCUCUCUCUUCCCUGUGGAAUAUAUACCUGCUUUCAUCACUCUAAUGGAAAGAGGGCCUCACAUCAAAGUACAGUUUCAAGCCUUACACCUCAUGAUCAUGGCACUGCCUGAGGCCAACAGGGACACAGCCCAGGCCCUCAUGACAUUCUUCAAUAAAGUCAUUGCCAACGAAUCAAAAAACCGGAUGAGUAUAUGGAACAUUUCUACUAUAAUGGCACCAAAUCUUUUCUUCAGUAGAAGCAAACAUUCUGACUGUGAAGAAUUACUCUUAGCAAACACCGCUGCCCACAUCAUCCGCUUGAUGCUAAAGUACCAGGAGAUGUUGUGGAAGGUUCCAUCUUUCUUAAUCGCUCAAGUCAGAAGAAUGAAUGAAGCCACGAUGUUGUUAAAGAAACAGCUUCCAAGUGUCAAAAAGCUGCUAAGGAGGAAGACCAUAGAACGAGGGGUUAUAAGCCCCAAGACUUCAAAGGUACUACAAAAAUCACCCUCUACAAGAAGAAUGUCUGACGUGCCGGAGGGAGUCAUAAGGAUCCAUGCACCCCUUCUCUCCAAGGUGUCCAUGGCCAUUCAACUCAACAGUCAAACCAAAGCCAAAGACAUCUUGGCGAAAUUUCAAUAUGAGAACAGUCAUGGUUCAUCGGAAGGCAUUAAGAUCCAGAACCAAAGAUUAUAUGAAAUUGGAGGUAAUAUAGGACAGCACUGCUUGGAUCCAGAGGCUUAUAUAUUGGAUGUAUAUCAUGUAAAUCCCCAGGCAGAAUGGGUGAUUAAACCCCAAUCAAGUGUUUGAAAUACCCCCCAAGAUGGCAGCUAUCGUGCAUUACCUGCCAAGAAGUCCUACAUUUGGUAGGGAAAAAACAAGACUGCUUUUGA